UUUGCUUACUGUUGCAUUGCGGUUUGUGCAGAUACCAAGAGCGAGGCCUAUUUGUCUGCUAAGACAGGCUCGUGUCGUCUCUGACGUAACAGGCGCUGAGAUUUGUCUUGUUUUGGAGCCUGGGCCUAUUAAUGAACAUUGGAACAUAAUGAAAAACAAGCUGACAUCUCAUUGUCUUUGGAGGGAAGCUUGACAUUCAAAGUCACUGUUCGAACAGUCCUUUCACCACUGGAGUUUGUAAUGAGAAACAAACGCAUGACAAAUAUCCUGGACCUGUGUGUGCUUCUGUUGAUAGCAGGCCCAAUACCAGCCCCAUUAAGGAUGGUAACAGCAGAGGGGUUAAAGGUGAGGCAGUGGCCCCCUUCACUCACUGUAAUGCGGGGUCAGAGUGCCAACCUGUCCUGCCGUUUCGAGGCCACGUCCUACGGGGUGGACUGGUUCAAGAUAGAGGGGGCCGAAAAGAUCCCCGUCCCAGAUUCAGCUGGGCAGACGUCCCUGGUGAUUACCGAGGUGUCCGUGGAGGAUGCCGGUGUGUAUUACUGCGAGGUGAACGUCCUACACAGAGAUUCAGAGCGAGGGGGCGGCACAAAGCUCAUUGUCCUGGCACCCCCCUCUGUGCCUCAACUCCUCCUCCAGGUCCCCUCGGACCCCCAGACGGACCAGUGGGCUCUCCUCUGCGUCACCGGUGGGUUCUACCCACACCACCUCACCCUAAGCUGGACACACCAGAGUGGAGAAGAUAGCCCCCACCACUUUGUUGGCCGCAACUGCACCAUUCACCCUGACUACCAUGACGUCAACCAAUCACACAGCCUAAUUCCAAAGAUCUCAACUCCUGAUUGGAUGGGAGAGUGUUUACAGGUGACGGACAGCUCCAGAACGGAAGUGUAUGUAAUCAGUGUGCUGUCCCUCCCCCCGCGGGGGUCUGUGGAUGCUGGGAUCUUCUACACCUGUAGUGUGCAGGAUCACCCUGCGCUGGACUCCCCCCUGUCUGCCUCCUUCACCUGGGACGCAGCCCCCAAUGAGGUGAUUGGAUGCUUGAAUAUCCUUAAGGUCUGUGUCCUCUGCGGAGUGACUGUGGUGUUUUCCAUUGCAACACUGACAAGUUUGUGUGAGAGAAAAGAAAGACCUCGUGUGUCCCAUGUACUCAAAUAAAGGGAGAAAACAAAGGACAUUUGAGAGAAAGAAAACAAAGGAUCUGAACACACCAAGAGCAUCCGAUUUUCCGUAAAUAAUAGGCUACCCACGACAGCUUCUACACAGAUCUUUACCGCAUGAUACAUUUCCUGAUCAGAUGGCACACUUUUUAUGACAAAGAGUAUGCUGGGUUUUAACUGAGGGACUUUUUUUUGGGGGGGGUGGGGGUGGACCAGUAGUUUUGUCUAUAAGCACAUGCCACAGCACUGUUUUUUUUAAACUAGCUCAACUCUCUCUCACUUGUCCUCACAUGAUGUAUAUUCUCCCCAGCUCACACGUUCUGUAACAUCCCCAAAUCAUAAUGCAAAAAGUGAUGCUAUGCGAAACUUUAGGUCUAUGUUGCGUGUUGAACGGAAGCCAUUUUGCAAUCGUGUCAAGUGCCACUGUGCUGCUGAAUGCUUUUAGUAGUCACAGUGUACUCUAGUGUCCAAAUGAAUGUCUCAUGGAUGGUAUGCAACCAUCAACUCAACCUCUGUUGGAGAUAUAAGCCCUGAAUAACUGGACGGAAUCAAGUCAAAGCACUUCCUGGUGUGAAAGUAUCGAACCUAUGGGUUUACGCUGGUGGUGUGGGCUUUCCUUGCACGUGUAUAGUAUACAUGCACCACCCGUGAUACCUUAUCAGAGACUAUAGUCCCUGUGUAAAUAUUGGAGAUGCUCAUCAAUUAUCAUGAGUUACACUGUAUUGGGAAGUACGUCUGAAGGGAUGGUCAUCAUGUUAAACAGGUUAUGACUCCAAAACAACCUGAUUAUGUUCAAGUAUGCCAUUGCCAACCUUGUGUAACCAAUUCAAUACUGGUCCACUAUUAUUGUAUUAUUGUUCCUGUAAUUGUGUAACCAAUUAAAAUACUGGUCCACUA